AUGAUGGAUUCAUUAGAGAAGACAGUUGAGUUAAGAGGAAGUCAAAUUUUAAAUUACGAAAGAUACCAUAAAAUGUUAUGGCAACGGAGGUUAAUGGCAGGUGCUACAUGUGCAACUAUUGUAUCAAUAGUUAUUUUUAUUGGAGCAGUAUUUUCACCAAAUUGGACAACAUUAUAUUUUCGUAAUACUAAAAAUGAAAUGGUAUAUGUCACAUUAGGUGUAUGGGGUGAAUGGAGAACAAUUCAUGUGGAAAAUUCUACUGUAAAACCAGUACCUGAAUUUAUUUCUUAUUUUCCUCAUCCACCUAAAGAAAUACUACGUUUAGAUGAUACAGACCUUCAACAUUAUUACAGAGCACAGGCAGUUUUUUGUUUUAUUUCAUUGAUUCUUAUGUUUUGUAAUAAUGGAUUAGCAAUAUAUACAUUUUAUCACCAUCGUUAUAUUUAUAAACGGCUAGUUGCGUGUCUUCAUUUAGUUAUUGCAAUGAGUCUUGUUGUUACUAGUGAAAUUUUAAUAAAUUCUGUUAAUGAAUGGAAUUUACAAGUAGCAAUGAAACAUAGUAUUGUCGACUGGCAUUAUAAAUCUCAACAAAAUUUAGGCUUAGCAACUCAUAUAACAUGGAUUGUUGCAUUAAUAUAUUUUUGUGCUUUUUGUAUUUUUAUUGUUUCAUCAAAAAAACAAAAAGGAAGCCGUGCUGCUACAGCUGAGUUUGAAAUUGAAGAUCGACCUAUUCAUAUUGGACGUUAA